CCGUAUUGGAUGCUCCCUGUGGAGACUCCCAGAAAUGGCGGAAAGUGGAUAGCUGUUGGGCAGACGUUAGUACACAAUUAACUCUGAUUACAGCGGAUAACAGAGACAAGACUAAGAUACUUAAUGUACACUAGUGCGUAUUGUUGUAGAGAGCGGGGAUGUUGACUUGUUGUUAGUUUGUGCCUUGGAGCUCUUUACCAUGAAGAAUUGGUUAAUUCUCAAUGAAAAAAAGAGCUUGCAUGAGUGGAUGACGAUAAACACCGAAAAGAUGAUGUCAUAAUAAUGUUUUCGGACGAAUUCUAUGACGAAUACACACUUUUGGAGGCAUGUUUGGAAUAUGAUUUUGAAGCAGUGCAAAAUAUACUGGACGAUAGCCCAACAGAUGAAGAAUUAAACGAGAGAGAUAAAAGUGGUAAGACGGCUCUUUGCCAUGCAUGUGCAUCCGGAAUGCUACCGAUUGUGCAGCUCCUCUCCGAAGUCCCGGAAGUGGAUGUCAAUUUAAGUGAUAAGGAGGGAAAUUCGCCGCUUAUAUUCGCUGCACAAGCAGGUUAUCGAGAGAUUGUCAGGGUGCUGCUCCAUGAAUUCAGGAAAAUUAGAGUGGACCAUAAGAACAAAGCUGGGUUCACAGCACUGAUGAAAGCAGCAUUACAAGGAAGGACAUCUUGUGCUAAGCUGCUACUUUAUGCAGGGGCUAAUCCAAAACUUAGAGACAACGGGAGACAGCUUUGCGCAGAGGAAUGGGCUCGAUUUACGGGCAGACAUGAAUGUGCAGACGAAAUAGCAAAGUUUACUAAGACCAAAAGAUUCUUAUUUAACAGGUCCAGCAAAAAAGUGUAUUCUAGAUCAAGCAGUGUCCCGGAUUUAACUGCUACAGACGAUAAAGUCAAGGAAUACACAGGUCCUACUCGACAAAAGUCCAAGUCAUUCCGUAAAAAAAUCAAAAGAAUGAUUCACGGGUCUUCAAAUAAUAAUACUAACCCUAGCUAUAGCAAUCAUUUGACACAGGAAAGCAAUCCAUUCGCCAUUGUUGCGAGGUGUGUGUCAACACCAGCUCUCUCUAGUGCCCUGCCAGGCGGGGAUACAAUUUUGAAAAGACCCAGAAGUAUAGACAAUAUCCCACGAGUGGAAGUGACGUCACCGGUAGCAACAAAAACAGCAUGGUGACUCGUUGCAAUUGAGGACCGCAGCUUUUGUUUACUGCAGAUUUUGAAAUUAAUCUUAUGAAUUUGAUGUCCAUGUGAUUGCAUUAGAAACGUCUCUUUCUGCAGGCCUACGUUCCCUCUAACCCACCCUGCUGCCAAAGACUGAAUGAUUCACCUUCCCUUAAAAUUCAAAUAAUACGGGAAUAUUGUGCGUCACUUUACCACAGUUCUGACAUUUAUGAAAAGAAUUUUAAAAGUCAGAGAAGAACUUAAGAGUUACCCAGACGGUGCGAAGACUUACGAAAACUUGGCUACGUACUGACAACACUAGUAAAAUAUUAACUUGCUAAUUUUUAACAUUCAAUUUCAUACCUCUUCUUCUCGAAAAACAUUCAAUAACAAU